GUGAACAAACUCAAGGCUAUCAGUGCAUUUCUCCCACAUGCUGGCUGACUGUGGCCUCACAGCAGAGGGCUGCCAGGACCUGGCCUGUGAGCUUAGCACCAACAGGAGCCUGACUGAGCUGGACCUGAGCUUCAACAAGAUCCUGGACACCGGGGCCCAGCACCUUUUCCAGAAGCUGAGAAAGCCCAGCUGCAAGCUGCACCGAAUACUGCUGGUCAGAUGUGGCCUCACAUCUGGCUGCUGCCAGGACCUGGCCUCCAUGCUCAGUGACAGCCCCAGCCUGACAGAGCUGGACCUGAGGCAGAAUGACCUGGGUGACCUCAGCAUGAAGCUGCUCUAUGAAGGGCUUAGGCAGCCCACCUGCCAACUCAGGCUCCUGCGGUUGGCUAACUGCGGCCUCACAGCAGAGAGCUGCCAGGACCUGGCCUGUGGGCUGAGUGCCAACAGAAGCCUGACUGAGCUGGACCUGAGCUUCAACAAGAUUCUGAACACCGGGGCCCAGCACAUUUUUCAGAGGCUGAGAGUGCCCACUGCCAAACUGCAGCACCUGCUGCUGGUCAGAUGUGGCCUCACAUCUGGCUGCUGCCAGGACCUGGCCUCCAUGCUCAGUGACAGCCGCAGCCUGACAGAGCUCGACCUUCAGCUGAAUGACCUGGGUGACCUGGGAAUGAAGCAGCUCUGUAAAAAGCUUGGGCAGCCCACCUGCCACCUCAGGCUGCUGAGGCUGGCUGACUGUGGCCUCACAGCAAAGGGCUGCCAGGACCUGGCCUGUGGGCUCAGCACCAACAUGAACCUGACUGAACUGGACCUGAGCUUCAACGAGCUGCUGGACAUCGGAGCCCAGCACCUCUUCAGGAAGCUGAGAGUGUCCACCUGCAAGCUGCAGCGAUUGCUGCUGAUCAGAUGUGGCCUCACAUCUGGCUGCUGCCAGGACCUGGCCUCCAUGCUCAGUGACAGCCCCAGCCUGACAGAGUUGGACCUGAGGAAGAACAACCUGGGUGACCACGGCAUGAGGCUGCUCUGUAAAGGGCUUGGGCAGCCCACCUGCCAACUCAGGCUCCUGCGGUUGGCUGACCACCACCUCACUGCAGAAGUGUACCUGGACAUGGCCUGUGGGUUGAGUACCAACAGGAACCUGACUGAGCUGGACCUGAGCUUCAACGAGCUGCUGGACAUCGGAGCCCAGCACCUUUUCCAGAAGCUAAGAGUGUCCACCUGCAAGCUGCAGCGACUGCUGCUGAUCAGAUGUGGCCUCACAUCUGGCUGCUGCCAGGACCUGGCCUCCAUGCUCAGUGACAGCCCCAGCCUGACAGAGUUGGACCUGAGGAAGAACAACCUGGGUGACCAUGGCAUGAAGCAGCUCUGUAAAGGGCUUGGGCAGCCCACCUGCCAACUCAGGCUCCUGCGCGUGGAUAUGACCCAGAUGAGUAACAAGGUGAAAAAGAUGCUGAGGGGCCUGAAGCAAAAUAAGCCUCAGCUUGAAGUUGAUCUACAGACAGGGACCACAGGAGGGAUACAGAAAGGUUGGAGGCAGAGACAGACUGAAGCAGGAGGAAGACAAAAACCCACAGGAGUCCUGGACCUGGAUCAGCCCAAGAGUGUUCUGUGUCAUUCCCAGUGCACUGAAGCAGCUUCUUCUGAGAUCUCAAGGAGUAUGAACCCCUCUGUGUACAGGAGGAAAAGACUGAGUUCCCCUAAAGAGGCCCCUGGGACUGAAGAUGACUUCUGGGGCCCCACAGGGUCUGUGGCUCCUGAGAUGGUUGACAAAGACAAGAGUCUGUACCGAGUUCACUUCCCCAUGGCUGGCUCCUACCAUUGGCCCAACAUGGGUCUCCACUUUGUGGUGAGGAGGCCAGUGACCAUUGAGAUUGAAUUCUGUGCCUGGAGACAGUUCCUGGACCAGGUUGUCCCACAGCACAGCUGGAUGGUGGCAGGGCCUCUGCUUGACAUCAAGGCCGAACCAGGAGCUGUGGCUGCUGUGUACCUCCCUCACUUUGUAGAUCUCCAAGGAAAAAAUAUGGACAAAUCCUGGUUCCAAGUGGCCCGCAUGAAAGAAGAGGGGGUAGUCCUGGAGAAGCCAGCCAGGGUGGAGCCCCACUAUGUAGUCCUGGAGAACCCCAGCUUCUCCCCCAUCGGAGUUCUACUGAGAAUUAUCCACGCUGUCCUGCCCAUUCCCAUCACCUCCAAUGUGCUGCUCUACCAUCACCUCCGGCAUGAGGAAGUGACCUUCCACCUCUACUUGAUUCCCAAUGACUGCUCCAUUCGCAAGGCCAUAGAUGAUGAAGAAAAGACCUUCCAGUUUGUGAGACUACACAAGCCACCCCCGCUGAGCUCGCUCUACAUGGGCUCCCGAUACACUGUGUCUGGUUCACAGGAGAUGGAAAUAAUCCCUCAGGAACUGGAGCUCUGCUAUCGGAGCCCUGGGGAAGCCCAGCUCUUCUCUGAGUUAUGUGUUGGCUAUUUGAGGUCAAGUAUAAGGCUGUACACAAGACACAAGGAAGAAGGAACUCUGGUGUGGGAGGCCUUGGUGAAAUCAGGAGACCUCAGACCUGAAGCUACUCUGGUCCCUGCACACCAUACAGACUCACAUUCACCCCCAGAUGCCCCAGCCUUACUGCACUUUGUGGACCGGCAUCGGGAGCAGCUGGUGGCUCAAGUGACUUUGGUGGACCAAGUCCUAGACAAGCUAUAUGGACAAAUGCUAAGUGACGAGCAGUAUCAGAAGGUGCGGGCUGAGUGCACCAAUCCAGCCAAGAUGAGGAUGCUGUUCAGCUUCAGCAGCAGCUGGAACAAGACACGCAAAGAUAAACUCUACCAAGCCCUGAAGGAGUCUGACCCUCACCUGAUUAUGGAUAUCUGGGAGGGGUGGGGCCAUGGAGGAGAACCAUGAGGGCUCCUCACCUGACUGGGAAUUCUGACUCUCCUGAGUGCUUUUAGGAUCUCUGUUUCUUCACCUCUAAACAAAUUGGCCUCUGACCUGCCUUCUAUUAUCAAGUUAUGGAAUGUCAGUGAUGCACUUGCUGGUCAUUACAUGUCCAGGCCCAGGAUUGCCCCGUGGGCACCCAGACUGCCUCCCUUGGCUUCUACAGGCCAGAGGUCCAGGUGGGAUGGCAGCAUCUCAGGAAUGUGCAUGUGCAGCUGGCAGGACACCUGCAAACCUUGUAGAAGCCUCACCCACACUCCCCAUCCAGUGGCCACCACAGCCAGGCUGAGAGUCCUCUCUGUGCCACUGAUAUGUGGGGAGAAUUAGGGAGAAAAUGCAGCUGGUACCUCUACUGGAGACAGACCAUGGAAAUGGACACCUUGUGGGUUUUAAAUGCCUUGUAAAUAGGAG